AUGUCUCUACCGGUAUAUUUGCGACUGCGCAAGGAUGACGAGCAGCCCAGCUCGCGGCCCAGCUCCGCCACUGACAAGCCGUAUCUCGAAAUCGCCUCGGACGACCCUUCCACCAUCAUCACCAAUCCUCCAGAGAAGAGCCGAACCAGGACCAAAGAGAAGUUUGCAUUUUCGGAGGUCUUUGACGGCUCGACUCAGGAGGAGGUUUACAAAAAGGUCAUGCUGCCCAUGGUAAAAAAUGUGGUGACAGGAUCGGGAGACGGUCUGUUGUUUGCCAUGGGAACUACCGGGUCAGGUAAGACACACACUCUGCUUGGUAACCCUCGGCUGGGACGUCCUGGCAUGGUGCAUUAUGCACUCAAGUCUGUUUUUGAUGCCAUUGGUGACCGCCUGUGUCUAUUUGACGAGGCUGAAGCGGUUGCCGAAAAAAGCGCAGGUCCCAACAGAGAGUCCCAUGUUCUGGAAGCCAUUCCUUUCAUUGACAACGGCAUUCUUACACAGAGCCAACAUCAGCUCAACCAGUUCAUUGAGAACGCCGUUGUUGCCGAAAACGCUGACCUGUACUCUUCUGUCGGCCAGAGAUCUUCCCAUGGAGUGUACAUCUCCAUGGUGGAGAUUUACAACGACAGAGUUUUUGAUCUUCUGGACAAACGCCGACCCGUGGUGGUCAAGUGCGACACAAAGGGCAAGUUUGGUAUUCCCUCGCAGACUAAACUCUUCUGCGCAACCAUCCAGGAGGCUUUCCAAGUGCUGGAACAGGCCCAUGCACUACGAAGCACCCACUCCACAGAGUCCAACAGCGUGUCUUCGCGGUCCCACGCUCUUUUCACAGUCACCGUAAAGAGACUGGGUCGAACAAUGCUCACCACAAGCCUUACAAUCGGUGAUCUUGCUGGAAGUGAGCGAAACAAGAGCACUCGGGCCGAGGGAGAACGUCUCAGUGAAGCCUGCUCCAUCAACCAGUCGCUCAUGAUGCUCGGACAGUGUCUUCAGCGACAGAGAGAAGUCAAGGGAUACAAGUUGGAUCGAUCCAUUCUUCGAUCUUCGAAGCUCGCCCAACUUCUUCUUCCAGUUGCCUUCUCCAGAGAUGCCAUGACUGCUCUCCUUAUCACAGCGAACCAGAACGCCGACUUUUCAUCCACCAUCCAGAUCAUGCGAUACUCUGCUCUGGCACGAGAUACCAUCAAACCACCCGUCACUCCUGCCUACCUCAAGCGAGCUGGUUCUGGACCUUCCACUCCCGCUCAACGCGCGGUUUCCAACUCAUCCAUCUCCUCUACAGGCUCCACCAUGUCGCAUAUGUCCUCCGCAUCACAUACUUCGCACGAUGACACCAAGGACAAUCUCAUUCGAACCAUCGCUGCUCUGCAGGAGCAACUGUACCAGGCUCAGCAGCGAGAAGACGCCCUGGAGAUCCAGAUCCGAGAAGAGGUCAACCAGGAAAUGGAAACCCACAUGGAGCAGAUGCGCCAGUGGUAUCUGGACCAGCUAGACCAGGCUACCGAUGCUGCUCAGAACUUCACAGACAAGAAGAUCUCCAUUCUGGGACGACGAGUCAACAGCGACAAUGUCAGCGACGAGCUGGUAAAGCUCCGCAAGGAAAAUCAGUUACUUAAGCAGAGACUCAACGUUGACAAAGAGAACGUUGAGAUUGCACAUGGUCCAGACAGCUUUCGUUCAGACUAA